UAUAAAGAGCUGGAUAGAUCAACUGGUGGUGUGGCUAUCUACAUUCUUGAAGAGAAUUGAAGAGAGUCACUUCAUUAAGUACACAUAUCUUAUUCUGUAGCAGCUAACACAGACCGUGUUGGCUGGGCUUUAUCUCAAGCCAGGCACUGUUCUAAAUAGGUGGCUAGCUAAACUGUCAAUUAAACGUACUGUAGCUAGAUUACAAAGAUUACUCACCUGCGAAGAUUGCCGAUAAAAUUGAUAGCCUAUCCCUCAUUUUGCAUCAAAGAGCAUUAAGGUAAUGGCAAUGGACUUCGCUGCGGGGUGCAUAGGAGGUGCUGCUGGUGUUCUGGUCGGACAUCCCUUUGAUACAGUCAAGAUGAGGAUGAGGGAUUAACAACCUCUCCACGGAAGUGGGACCUAGUCAGACUUCAAGUUCAGAAUGUGGACAAGCCUUUGUACCGUGGAACCUACCACUGCUUCCAGUCCAUCAUACGUCAGGAGUCUAUGCUGGGUCUGUACAAGGGCAUUGGUUCACCAAUGAUGGGCUUGACCUUCAUCAAUGCCAUUGUGUUCGGUGUCCAGGGCAACGCCAUGCGCAAACUGGCCAAAGACACGCCCCUCAAUCAGUUCCUGGCAGGCGCGUCGGCCGGCACCAUCCAGUGUGUGAUCUGCUGCCCCAUGGAGCUGGCAAAGACUCGCAUGCAGUUGCAGGGCACAGGAGAGAAGAAGCCUUCAAGGAAGUUGUACAAGAACUCUUUGGACUGCCUGGUUAGAAUAUACAGAAAGGAAGGCAUCAAAGGCAUCAACCGAGGCAUGUCAACCACGCUAAUGCGAGAAAUGCCUGGGUUUGGUGUCUACUUCCUGGCCUAUGACACGCUGACGCGCUCGCUUGGUUGCGAACCAGACGACCCCUACAUGAUCCUCAAACUGCUGUUCGCGGGCGGGAUGUCCGGCAUCGCUUCCUGGCUCUCCACCUAUCCCGUGGACGUGAUCAAGUCCCGCCUCCAGGCCGACGGGGUGGGCGGGGUGAACCAGUACAAUGGCAUUGCGGACUGCGUGCGUCAGAGCAUGAAGAAGGAGGGCUGGAAAGUAUUCACACGUGGCCUCACCUCCACCCUGCUCCGAGCCUUUCCCGUGAACGCCACCACCUUUGCCACUGUGACUCUAUUCCUGAUGUACAUGCGAGACGGAGAGGACAGGGGCAUGCAGGAUUGCGAGCCCCCUGUCACCCACGCACUGCAGUCCCAAUCCCAGACCUCCAGCAUAUAAACCUGUAGGUCAUGGUGGUGGAAGAGCCCUCUGCUGGGCUUGGGUGGUUGAACACCAGCGAAGAGAAGGAACAGCCAGGUGGAGCUUAAUGCUGAUCUAGGAUUAGUGUUUUCAGUUCUGCCUCCUAUGGUUCAUGGUAUGGGACAGUAGCUGGUCCCUGACUGACGUCCCAUGAUCUGCUUGUGCUCACAACCUCUCGCUGUCUGUGUAACUUCACCACUGGGUUGAAACUUUAAAACAUAGGCACAUUUUUUUUACAAAACAAGUCUAUAUCUUUACAUGGAGACUAUGCUUGUAAAUACAAUGCAUCCCUCUUAUGUCUGACCUUUUGUCUUGUACAGGGCAGCCUUUUUAUUUAAUUGUUGUUUUGGUUCACUUGGAAAUUUACUGUUGCAAUCUCACAGAAAGACAGAAAGAAAAGGUUACUAAGAACACACCCAUGAGCAUGUCCAUGCAUGUCGUGGAUUUAGUCACUACUUUUCACCUCAUGACAGGAUGUUUUGUUCCAGAAGCCUUAACUACUCCAUCCUAUGGUAGAGUUAGAGUAUGUAUCUCACCUAAGAUCCACCUGACUUACUAGUAAACUAAACAUCUUCAUAAACCCCUAGCCUGUAGAAUGAAACUGUGAAACCAUUGGUUAUUGACAGUAUCGGGGCAGUGUUGGUACCAGACUGUUGGCUGGUAAAGCUGUGGCUUACUACACUGGAUAUUUAUGUUCUAAAGUAAUGUGAACAGGGCUUGAUACUAAAGCCAAGCCACAUUUCUGCUGUGACAUGUCCAUGGUGCUGUUGCCAGUAGACCAAAAAGUUACGUAUGCAGUAUGGAAGGGCUGCUAAUGGUUUCAGUAUAUCAUUUUUCUUACAGUUGAAUGACACUAUGCUUUUUGGUUACACUUUAUAUUUUUGACACUGACACAACUGAUUGACACACCUUUUAAGAGUGAGAAGUUACAAAGGGUUGAAGUUGUUACACUCAGGACAACUAAGUGUAUUCCUAUUGGCUAGAAAGUUCCUCUCAGUAGAAUCAAGUAGUUAUGUCUGUUAGGCGCAGAAUCAAGCCACUAAAAUGUGGUCUACCCCGUUAGUGAAUGUGGUUGUGGAAUUAAUGGCACAAUAACUGGACUGUUUGCACAGAUACGUCAUACAGACGUAGAAUGUGAACUUGGAUCGUGUCUGUCUGUCUUUCUCUCUUUCUUACAGUUUGACAGCCACUACAUCAAGUUACGGCCUUGUAGGUUGGGCAUUCGGUUGCAUCCCAACCAAGUCCCAUGGGAUGGACUAAUGGUCCGAUUAGAAAUGUGUUUUACACUCAAGGUCUUAUGUAUAUCUCAGACUGGCAAAUAUUUUAAUAUUUGCCAACAUUUUAAUAUUCUGUGUAAUGUAUGUGAACCGAUGGUAAAAUUAAACCAAGUCUGAUCA